AUUAACAUGAGCCCUGUGAAUCUUUUAUAAACCGCAAUAGCCUCAGAAUAAAGACUAACAUAAUGUUGUAUCGCUCCAUCUCGCACUAUGUUAACAGUCCUGGCUGAUUAAAAAUGCAUAAGGAAUGUCUGGGACCCGUAAGAGGAGGGUUUAUUUUUUCAUGCCUCAUCUGGAACAGGAAGGAAGCAGAGGAUCAAUAGAUCGGAUCUCGACCCAGGGGUAGAGGCUAUCUCCUCAUCCUCCCUCCACUGGCUACCCGUUAGCAGUUAAAUGAGAGGUUUCAUGUUGUCGGUGCCUGAUGACUUCAUGGCUUUAUAUAAACACUUAUGCAAAGAGGUAACAGAGGGAAAAUACAUUCCUAACCUCAACACCAAAUUUGAAAGAAGGGGGCAGCCCCUUGGCAGCAAGAAGUUCAGAGGAAUCUGGUUGCUAACCAGAAUGCCCUCUGAGGACCGACACAUAUCCUCGAGCUGUGGUUCUUACGUCAAAACUGAACCUUCCAGUCCUUCCUCCUCGCUAGUAGACACCGGCAGCCACCACAGUCCCAGCGGCAACUCUGAUGCCAGCGGCGGCUACGUUCACGGCAGCAGCAGACACUCGCACGCCCUGGACUCCCCGCCAAUGUUCAACCCAGCCAUGCUCGGAGGUGGCGCAGCCUGCCUACGCCGCUACGAGGAGUGCUCCGGGGGUGUGGUGGACGACUCGCCAAUCAAGUGCGAGUACAUGCUUAAUGCCAUUCCCAAGAGGGUGUGCCUGGUGUGUGGCGACAUUGCCUCAGGGUACCACUACGGGGUGGCCUCCUGUGAGGCCUGCAAAGCCUUUUUCAAAAGGACGAUACAAGGGAACAUUGAGUACAGCUGUCCAGCCACCAAUGAAUGUGAGAUCACCAAAAGGAGACGCAAGUCGUGCCAGGCCUGCCGCUUCAUGAAAUGUCUUAAAGUUGGCAUGUUGAAAGAAGGUGUGCGUCUGGACCGGGUGAGAGGGGGGAGACAGAAGUACAAACGGAGGUUGGACGCAGAGAACAGCGCCUAUCUCGGCCUCACCAUCCCCCCUCCAGCCAAAAAGCCAUUGACGAAGAUCGUUUCCCAUCUGUUGGUGGUGGAGCCAGAGAAGAUCUAUGCCAUGCCUGACCCCACCAUGCCCGAUGGAGACAUCAAGGCCCUGACCACACUGUGUGACUUGGCCGACCGCGAACUGGUUGUCAUCAUCGGCUGGGCAAAACAUAUCCCAGGUUUUUCCACUCUCUCGCUGGCAGACCAGAUGAGUCUUCUGCAGAGUGCCUGGAUGGAGAUCCUGGUGCUGAGCAUCGUGUUUCGCUCGCUUCCCUGUGAGGACGAGAUUGUGUACGCAGAGGACUAUGUGGUGGACGAGGAGCAGGCGAGGAUCUCAAACCUGCUGGACCUGCACGUCGCCAUCCUGCCGCUGGUCCGACGCUACAAGAAGCUGCGCAUGGAGAAGGAGGAGUUUGUUGCGCUCAAAGCCAUCGCCCUGGCCAACUCAGACUCCAUGCAUAUAGAGAACAUUGAGGCGGUCCAAAGGCUCCAGGAUUCUCUCCACGAGGCUCUGCAGGACUUUGAGGGCUCCCAGCAUCCAGAGGACCCUCGACGGGCAGGCAAGCUGUUAAUGACGCUGCCUCUGCUCCGUCAGACCGCCACCAAGGCGGUUCAGCACUUCUACAGCAUCAAAAUGCAGGGCAAAGUCCCCAUGCACAAACUAUUCCUCGAGAUGUUGGAGGCCAAGGCUUGACACCCAGGCCUGACGUUUGACAGACAGCUGCAUCACCCGAUGGGAGGCGAGGGACAGCCCAUAAAAAAUGAAGGUGGUGUGCCAAUUCACAGUGAAAGGAUGAAGCUUGGACUACUGAGUCAUUUUAACACUUUUAAAUGGUAACAAACAUGAAAGAAAAAGGGACUUGAGAUAGUUUUAAAAACGGUGAAUAUCAACCUGAUUGACAUGGGAUCAUGAUGAUGUAUAUUAAGAUGUUGUGUACAGAAAUCAGGCAACCGAGGUCUUGUUAUAACCAGAGACCCAUUGCUCUAUAUCACCUGAAGCUUCUGUGAAUUUGUUUCUUAUCUUAUUUUCAUCUCAAAAUGGAACUGUGUUAAUAUAAAUGUCCUAAAGAACUGUACGGCUACGUAGCCACGUUACGUGUUUUUGUUUCUUCCUUUCACAUUUUCUAAUCUGAGUUGUUAAAGCAAUAGUCUCUAACUGGUCUACAUAUAAUAUGUGUACUGUAUAUUGUGUGAAAUUGCACUCGGCGGUUAGGGGGGGAGAAUUGUUAAGACAUAUUCUUAUAUUCAUCAUCAAAGAAAGCGGUACCCGCCAUGGGUAUGUGAGAUUCUCGAUUUCCUCGUAAUAUAUUUACCUCGUACUAGUAGCUUCAAUGACUCAACCGUUUUAGUCAACUUGGUGCUUACAGAAGGACAAUGGUUGGCUAGUGAUUAUAGUUCACAAAGAGUUUGCACUAAGCAUCUAUGAAUAAUAUGGCGAUAAUGGUUAUUGUUCUAUGGAGCUCUUUCUGGUAACGUCUGAGUCUCAGUCGGUGGUUUUUGCUUAUAGUGACUAAAUCCCCUCCUCACUUCUCUCUGUGAUCAAUGUCAUACACACAUAUUGGCAACUAAGCAUACUGUGAAAAAUACAGGUGAUAAGCUAUAUUCUGUACUAGGGAUUUUUAAACUAAACUCUAUUGGCUUGUUAAAAAAAGAUGAAAGUUAUUUUUAUUGAAAUGCAGGUAAUUGACACAACAACAGCAACAUCUAUGCAAUUUAAUGCAAUCUAAUCUGCUCCUUAAUGCAACCUGAUAGCCCUGCAAUAAAUACUACCUUUGUGAUGUUUAUAAUGUUCAGUUUGUGUCCGAUAGGUGCUGAGUCAACACUCUGGUAAGUUUUGAGUCUAUAGUUUGUAAUGGUGCUGUAUUAGAUUGCAAUAUAUUGUAUAGGCUUUGCUUUUUCUUGAAUGCACCCUGCCCCCCUUUGUUUAGGUUGUAUUCUCAAACAACAAGUGUCACUAUAUUGAUAGCCUUAGUUAUACAGCUAAACACGUUAGUCCUUUCUUUGUUUUCGGUCAAAGUCGUAUGUGAUACCAAAGUCUGUAUGCUAGCCUCACGCAUCUAUACAUUAAACAGUUUUUAUGA